AUGAAGGAGUUGGAAGCGCUGAAGGAGUUUGAUCCGCAAGCCGUUGAACGAGUUUUCAUUUCGACCCGGGCUCACAUUCUGCUCGACAGCCAUCAGAUCAUUGAUGGAAUCUUAGAAGCUGAGCAAGGAUCAGAUUCGAUUGGAACCACGAAACGUGGCAUUGGUCCGUGCUACUCUUCGAAAGCCAUCCGCAAUGGUGUUCGCUUCGGAGAUUUGUUGCAUUUCGAGGAGUUUGAGCGCAAAGUUCGAGAUCUUACCGUAUCUUGUUGGCAGCCAGCCGGUCUGUACCCAGCCAUGGUUUGCUUGGAGUGCAAGAGUUUGCUUUCCCAGUGCGGCUUGGACGUGCCACCAGAUCUGUCAAAGGUUCACAAGGUGCUGCGGCGGCUUAUGCAGCAAGGGAGAAUCCGUGCUCGAGAAGGCCGGCGAUGGGAGUGGGCAGCAGACGAUGCAGAGUUGCCCACAGUGCAGCAACUUCUCCAGCAAGAGCUUGGACGUUGUCCGGCUUUCAAUGCUCUUCCAUUGCAG